AUGCUGGAUAAACUGAUAUCAGUGGUUAGAGAGAAGAAUUGGCACGAAGCAGAACGGCUGUUCCAUGAACAAUGGAGCCAUGAAUGUCCACUGAUAUUUGCACCAAAUCCUGGAAUGCCCUGGGAUGUGAAAGUUGAUGAAACAAAAAUAAGUACGUUCCUUUCGUUGUAUUCGUACGCCGUGAAACAACACACAACUAUUGAUUCCUUAAUUCUUUUGUAUUGUGAUUUUAUUUUGUAA